UAAAAUCUUAUCUCCCUCUCAACCUCUCUUUUCUCUCUCAUCUGCAACCAAGAAUACUUCGAUCUGAGCUCGUUAAUGGUGUAGUUUUGCUCAGAUCUGAAGCUAUUACACGGACUAUAUACAUCAAGGAACUUACAUCGGAGUUGACCCCUUCGUUGGCCAUCUUUUCCUGUCAGAUUUUGAGGUUUUCUGAAGCUUUUUGGCGGCGAUGGCGUACUCGUUCCCUGAGGAGGUUUUGGAACAUGUCUUCUCGUUUAUAAGCUCGGAAAAGGACAGGAACGCCGUUUCAUUGGUGUGCAAGUCGUGGUACGAAAUGGAGAGGUGGUGCCGGAGGCGGAUUUUCGUCGGGAACUGUUACGCUGUGAACCCUAAAAUCAUGAUCAGGAGGUUUCCGGAGGUGAAAUCGAUUGAGUUGAAAGGGAAGCCGCAUUUUGCGGACUUCAAUUUGGUGCCGGAAGGAUGGGGAGGGUAUGUUUAUCCUUGGAUCGUUGAAAUUGCUAGGGGUUACCCUUGUUUGGAGGAGAUCAGGCUUAAACGUAUGGUGGUAACGGAUGAGAGCUUGGAGUUGAUCUCCAAGUCUUUUAAGAAUUUUAAGGUUUUGGUUUUGUCGUCAUGUGAGGGUUUCAGUACUGAUGGGCUUGCUGCCAUUGCUGCUAAUUGCAGAAAUCUGAGAGUACUGGAGUUACGGGAGUGUGAAGUAGAGGAUCUAAGUGGGCAUUGGCUGAGUCACUUCCCUGAUUCUUGUACCUCAUUGGAGUCUCUUAACAUUGCCUGCUUGCUUUCUGAGGUGAGCUUCUCGGCCCUUGAACGCCUGGUUGCUCGGUCACCCAACCUCAAGACUCUUCGACUCAAUCGUAAUGUACCCCUUGAGAAGCUGUCCACGCUCCUGCAGCUGGCACCGCAGCUGGUUGAGUUUGGUACAGGUGUCUACUCUGCCGAAAUCCGGUCAGAUGUAUAUGCAAGUCUGACGGAGGCUUUUUCAGGCUGCAAGAAUCUAAAAGGGCUAUCAGGGUUUUGGGAGGUGAUUCCAGCUUAUCUUCCAGCUUUUUACUCAGUUUGUUCUCGGCUCACUACUCUAAACUUGAGCUAUGCAACUGCUCAAAGUCCCGAGCUUACCAAGAUUGUUAGUCAGUGCCAUAAUUUGCAGCGUUUAUUGGUGUUGGAUUACAUCGAGGACACUGGCCUCAACGCUCUCGCUUUGUCUUGUAAAGACCUCCAAGAACUUCGGGUAUUCCCUUCCGAUCCAUUUGUUGCUGAUGCAAAUGUCCUCUUGACUGAACAAGGCCUUGUUUCCGUUUCCGAGGGUUGCCCAAAACUUCAAUCCGUUCUAUAUUUCUGUCGACAAAUGUCAAAUUCCGCAUUGAUCACCAUCGCUAAUAACCGUCCUAACCUAACUUGCUUCCGCCUCUGCAUUCUCGAACCCCGAGCCCCAGAUUACGUAACGUUCGAACCCCUGGACGCUGGUUUUGGAGCGAUAGUCGAAAACUGCAAACAACUUCGACGUCUUUCAAUGUCUGGUCUCCUCACGGACCGUGUAUUCGAACACAUUGGGACCCACGGUAAGAAACUGGACAUGCUUUCAGUAGCAUUCGCGGGUGAGAGUGAUUUAGGGCUUCAUCAUGUUUUAUCGGGAUGUGAUAGCUUAAGGAAGCUGGAGAUACGCGAUUGCCCUUUCGGGGACAAGGCGUUGCUGGCGAAUGCUUCUAAGUUGGAGACAAUGCGAUCCCUUUGGAUGUCUUCUUGUGGCGUGAGUUUUGGAGCGUGUAAGCUUCUGGGCGAGAAGAUGCCUGGUCUUAACGUUGAAGUUAUCGAUGAGCGUGAGAAUCUUGAUUCAUUGCAUGAAAGUUGUCCGGUUGAGAAGCUUUAUAUAUACCGCACGGUCGCAGGGCAACGGUUUGACAUGCCGGAUUUUGUACGGACAAUGGGUAAAGAUGGAGGAGGUGGGGUUCCAAUAAAGUGUUGAAGAAAGCUCUUUUAGUCAAGGAAAGUGAUUAGUGUUAUUCCAGACAAUUAGCAUUUAUCUGAUUUGUGUUGGUAAAACGCCCCUUAGCAUCCCGUCAUUGUUGCUAUAUUUGGUUCUGGUUUUCGUUCUGGUUCUGGGGGUAAGAGUUGAGAAUGAAUGUAUUUGUAGUAUUUAGUCUCUCUAAAUAAAGAUUCUUGUAACACCAUAUUGUUUGUUGCUAUCAAAUACAUGUUUUACCCAA